GUUGAAGAGAAAGCCACACAUGAGUUUUGUGUAAAUGGACAACGGAUCAUGCUCUUACCAAGAAGAUCAAAUUAUAAAUAAUAUGGCACAUUCUGAAAGAGCUGAAGGGAUGCAAGAAAGUAAUCAGAGAUAUGGACCUCCGCAAGAACAACUGCCGAAAGCAGGAAAUCGAGCUGUUGGACCUAUUGAGAUAUUCCGCUUUGCUGACAAUGUGGACAUUGCCCUCAUGACCCUGGGAAUACUAGCAUCCAUAGUAAAUGGAGCCACUGUUCCCUUAAUGUCUCUGGUUUUAGGAGAAAUUAGUGACCAUUUUAUUAAUGGAUGCCUGCUCCAAACUAACAGAACAAACUAUCAGAACUGUUCUCAGUCUCGAGAGAAGUUGAAUGAAGAUAUCAUUAUGUUGACUCUGUAUUAUGUUGGGAUAGGAGCAGCUGCCCUCAUUUUUGGCUACAUACAGAUUUCCUUCUGGGUCAUAACUGCAGCCCGGCAAACCAUGAGAAUUCGAAAACAGUUUUUUCAUUCAAUUUUGGCACAAGACAUUAGCUGGUUUGAUGGCAGUGACGUCUGUGAACUUAACACGCGCAUGGCUGGUGACAUCAACAAAAUCUGCGAUGGUAUUGGAGAUAAGAUCGCUCUGCUGUUUCAGAACAUGUCUGGGUUUUCUAUUGGCCUGGUGAUGAGCUUGAUGAAGAGCUGGAAACUCUCCCUGGUGGUUCUAUCCACAUCUCCUGCCAUAAUGGUUUCGUCAGCAGUGUGUUCUAGGAUGGUCAUCUCAUUGACCAGUAAGGAGCUGGAGGCCUAUUCCAAAGCUGGGGCUGUAGCUGAAGAAGUCUUGUCAUCAAUCAGAACAGUCACAGCCUUUGGAGCCCAAGAGAAAGAAAUUCAGAGGUAUACACAGAAUCUAAAAGACGCAAAGGACGCUGGCAUAAAGAAGGCUACAGCUGCAAAGCUGUCUCUUGGAGCGGUCUACUUCUUCAUGAAUGGAGCCUACGGGCUGGCGUUUUGGUAUGGAACCUCCUUGAUUUUUGGUGGAGAGCCUGGUUACACCAUCGGGACUAUUCUUGCUGUUUUCUUCAGUGUGAUCCAUAGUAGUUAUUGCAUUGGAUCUGCAGCCCCUCACUUGGAAACCUUCACCAUAGCCCGGGGAGCUGCCUUUAAUAUUUUCCAGGUUAUUGAUAAGAAACCCAAUAUAGAUAACUUUUCAACAACUGGAUAUAAACCUGAAUGUAUAAAAGGAAACAUAGAAUUUAAAAAUGUUUCUUUCAGCUAUCCAUCAAGACCAUCUGUCAAGAUUCUGAAAGGUCUCAAUCUCAAGAUUAAGUCUGGAGAGACGGUGGCUUUGGUUGGUCCCAGUGGUAGUGGCAAGACCACAACAGUCCAGCUUCUGCAGAGGCUAUAUGACCCGGAAGAAGGCUGUAUCACAAUCGAUGAGAACGACAUCCGAGCCCAAAAUGUGAGGCAUUACCGAGAGCACAUCGGAGUGGUCAGCCAAGAGCCUGUUUUGUUUGGGACCACCAUCGGCAAUAACAUUAAGUUGGGGCGCGAAGGAGUUAGUGAAGAGGAGAUGGAGCAGGCAGCGAGGGAAGCGAAUGCCUACGACUUCAUAGUGGCUUUUCCUAAGAAAUUUAAUACACUAGUGGGGGAAAAAGGAGCUCAAAUGAGCGGAGGCCAGAAACAGAGAAUCGCCAUUGCUCGAGCGCUAGUUCGAAACCCCAAAAUUCUGAUCUUAGACGAGGCCACAUCUGCCCUGGACACAGAGAGUGAGUUAGUUGUUCAAACUGCGCUGGAGAAGGCGAGCAAAGGUCGGACGACAAUUGUGGUUGCACAUCGGCUUUCCACUAUUCGUGGAGCAGAUAUGAUUGUGACUAUGAAGGAUGGCAUGGUGGCAGAGAAGGGGACCCACGCUGAACUGAUGGCCAAGCAGGGGCUGUACUACUCACUCGCCAUGGCACAGGAUAUUAAAAAAGCUGAUGAACAAAUGGAGUCAAAGACGUGUUCCUCUGAAGGAAAUACCAGCUCUGUUUCUCUGUGUGAUGUGAGUAGCAUCAAGUCCCCCUGCGCUGACCAGCCUGAGGAAGCCAUCCACCAUCAAAAGACAAGUCUUCCUGAAGUUUCUCUAUUAAAAAUAUUUAAAUUAAACAAGUCUGAAUGGCCUUUUGUGGUUCUGGGAACACUGGCUUCUGUCCUAAAUGGAUCUAUUCACCCAACAUUUUCUAUCAUCUUUGCAAAAUUAGUCACUAUGUUUGAAGAUAAAAAUAAAACUACAUUAAAACAUGAUGCAGAACUCUACUCCAUGAUGUUAGUCAUCUUGGGCAUUGUUGCUCUUGUUACUUACCUGAUGCAGGGGUUGUUUUAUGGCAGAGCAGAGGAAAAUUUAGCCAUGAGAUUAAGACACUUGGCAUUCAAAGCCAUGCUGUACCAGGAUAUUGCCUGGUAUGAUGAUAAAGAAAAUAGCCCAGGAGCCUUGACCACCACAUUAGCCAUGGAUGUAGCACAGAUUCAGGGGGCAGCAACUUCAAGACUUGGUAUCAUAAUGCAAGAUGUGACCAACACGGUGCUGUCUGUUCUCAUCUCCUUUGUAUACGGAUGGGAGAUGACACUCCUGAUUCUCAGCUUUGCGCCUGUGCUUGCAGUGACAGGAAUGAUUGAAACUGCAGCAGUGACUGGAUUUGCCAACAAGGAUAAGCAAGAACUUAAGCGUGCUGGAAAGAUAACAACAGAAGCUGUGGAGAACAUACGUACCAUAGUAUCAUUAACAAGAGAGAAAGCCUUUGAGCAAAUGUAUGAGGAGAUGCUUCAAACCCAACACAGAAAUGCCGUGAAGAGAGCACACAUCGCUGGAAGCUGUUACGCAGUCAGCCAUGCUUUUAUGUAUUUCGCCCAUGCAGCAGGGUUUCGAUUUGGAGCCUAUUUGAUUCAAGCUGGACGGAUGACACCAGAAGGCAUGUUCAUAGUCUUUACCGCCAUUGCGUAUGGUGCUAUGGCCAUUGGAGAAACACUUGUUUGGGCUCCUGAAUAUUCCAAAGCCAAAGCUGGAGCUGCACAUCUGUUUGCUUUGCUGAAAAAGAAACCAACUAUAGACAGCUGCAGUCAAAGCGGGGAAAUACCAGACACCUGUGAAGGGAAUUUAGAAUUUCGAGAAGUCUCUUUCUUCUAUCCAUGUCGCCCGGAAGUUCCUGUUCUUCGUGACCUGUCCCUGAGCAUCGAGAAAGGGAAGACUGUAGCCUUUGUUGGGAGCAGCGGCUGUGGGAAAAGCACGUGUAUUCAACUGCUACAAAGAUUUUACGACCCCAUGAAAGGACAAGUGCUGCUUGACGGUGUUGAUGUAAAGGGGCUGAACGUGCAGUGGCUCCGUUCCCAGACCGCCAUCGUCUCCCAGGAGCCUGUGCUCUUCAACUGCAGCAUCGCUGAGAACAUCGCCUAUGGUGAUAACAGCCGCACGGUGCCCUUGGAGGAGAUCAAAGAAGUUGCAGAUGCAGCCAAUAUCCACUCUUUCAUUGAAGGGCUCCCCAGGAAAUACAACACUCAAGUUGGACUAAGAGGAGUGCAGCUUUCUGGUGGUCAGAAACAAAGACUGGCUAUUGCGAGGGCUCUUCUCCGGAAGCCAAAAAUUUUACUGUUGGAUGAGGCCACUUCAGCCCUUGACAAUGAGAGCGAGAAGGUGGUUCAGCAUGCCCUUGAAAAAGCCCGGAGAGGGAGGACCUGCCUGGUGGUGGCUCACAGACUCUCCACAGUACAGAAUGCUGAUCUGAUCAUAGUUCUACAAAAUGGAAAAAUCAAGGAGCAGGGAACUCAUCAAGAGCUCCUGAGAAACAGAGACACAUACUUUAAAUUAGUAGCUGCACAGUGGGUGCAAUGAUGCUGCCAGUCUUGCAUGCACUUUGACCUUUCUUGGCCUGCUCUGGUCUCUCACUGCAAAUGUCAAUACCUACAAACCUAACACUCGAGUAUAGGAAUAUUUCAUUCAAGUGUCUUCCCUUGAGAUAUUUUUUUUCCCUUGAGAUUUUUAAAAGCAAAUCAGGGAGGCUGGAAAGAUGGUUCAGUGGUUUAUAACACUGGCUGCUCUUCUGGAGAACCUGGGGUUGA